CGUCGUCUUCUGGCAGGAGGAUUCUACUCUCGUGCGCUCUGGAGGUUUAACCGGCUCCCCCUGGCUCCGCGUGCGGGACGGACAGCAGUCUGAGCAAGGGGUGCAGACUCUCAGCAUGUCCUCGGGGAUGGUGUCCGGACUGAGCGGGCUGAGCCUGGGAGAGCUGCCCAUGGAGAGCUGGAUGUCUCACCUGCCAUGUGCUCUGUGGGACACUCCACUGUACCACCUGGCCAUCCCAGGCAGCCACAACGCAAUAACCUACUGUCUGGAUAUGAACGACAGAUCCCCCGUUGACCUCAUGCAGCCUGACCUCCUCCAAAAGCUCGACAAAUACAUGAAGCCCCUCAUUCGCCCUUUCGUGUACAAGUGGGCCAUAACCCAGGAGUUCACGAUAAAGCAGCAGCUGGACUGCGGGGUCAGGUACUGCGACCUGAGGAUCGCUCACAGGCCCAACGACAGCUCCACCGACCUCUACUUCUACCACGGCGUUUACACCACGCUCACCGUAGAGACUGUUCUGAUGGAGAUACGGGAGUGGCUGGACGCUCAUCCUAAAGAGGUGGUGAUCCUCUCCUUCAGCCACUUCCUGGGCCUCAGCCAGGAGCUCCACAUGCUGCUGCUCACAACCAUUCGCAGCGUAUUCACCUCCAAACUCUGCCCCAAAACUGUACAGGAGGUGUUAAGUCUCCGGAAGCUGUGGGCCUUAGGUCACCAGGUGAUUGUGUCCUACGAACACAAUAUUGCCAACUGUCACACGGAGCUGUGGCCGCACAUUCCCUACUGGUGGGCCAACAAAUGCAAAGCCGAGGCUUUAAUCGAGGAGUUCGAACACAGGAAACAAAAUGGCAGACCAGGGGGUUUCUUCGUCACGGGAAUCAAUCUGACAGAGGACCUGAAGUACAUCUGCACACACCCCACGGAGUCGCUGAAGGACUUGGUGAUGUCCACGUACCCGACGCUGCUCGGCUGGGUCAAGGAGCAGACCCCGGGCUCCAGAGUGGGCUCUCUAAAUAUCAUCGCCGGGGACUUUAUCACUGAGAGCCACUUUGUUCCGACUGUGGUCACACUGAACGAGAAACUGCUCAAGUGGUCCUCCUGAUUUUCCAACGAUAAGUAUUACUUCAUGGAGAAAAAAAAAAAAAAAAAAGGAAUCAGCAUGAUAUCUCACAAGCUUGUUUGUUUGGAGAGUGAGAAAAAUACUUGAAUAUUAAUUUAAACAUGAAUGCACUUGCUGGAGGUAGUGGACUAUGUAUUUGAGUCCUGGAGCUGCUUUAAUGACCACGAGAUGUUUUUGAAAUUUUGACCUGCACUCGUUUGUUUACAUUCAGUUCACUAUUUAUGCAACACACAGCAUCAGUUGUCACGGUAGGGUACGCCCGCUUUAAGUUACGCUGAUCAAAGCAAUAAUGGUACAAACCAAUGUCACCCUAACGUAGGCAAUUUUAGAAGAGUAAGCACAAACCAUGUAAUCAACGAGCACAUGUGUCUGUAACGUUUGACAUAGACUUUUCUAACGCGGGCAGUAGGUUUUAGACGUAGCUGCAGAAUAUCACCUUCAAUGCACUUAAGACAUCAUAGAGAAUGUAUAGCAGACUUAUGCAAACUGCAUGGAGAAUAUUGCAUGGAGCCAGCCUUGACUGUUGGACUUAAAAUAGGUUCUUUAAGAAACUGCUGCACCGCCGUGCCUGUGGAGAUCAGCUUUUCCAAUAAACAGGAGCAAUUUU